AUUUUCAAUACUCAUACCUUCAUUUUCUUGUCUACUCUUUGAUCAACCCUUUUGUUUUCAAAUAAAAAAACAGUUUUCAUGUUUUUUCUUACAUAUUUGGAUCAUGAUCAGAGAACUCAUUUUUCUCGUCUUCUGAUUUAACCAAAUUUUCAUGCUUUUUCUAUUCUCGUAUCUGAAGUUUUUGUUUUUGUUGCUGCGAAAUGUUGUUAGAAAGAACAAGCUUUUAUUUUAUUUUGUCUCUUUCUUGCUUUAUGUCAUUGUCAUGAUUUGUCUGUUUUGUUGGACCCCCCAUUUAUUGGACCAGUUAAGGUUGUUGUAGAGUUUUUAAAUAUCAUCUUUUAAACUAUUUAGAAUUAAAAUAUAUAUAUAUCUUUUUUGUGUCUUUUGGAUCCACUUUUAUGAUUAGUUUCACUUUAAUUAGCAUCUGUUGGUAAAAAAUGCUAAAGGCAAUCUGAUCAGAUGUAUUCAAGAAAUUAUGGAAUGGAAUCCUCAAUGUUGACAAAUGUGUUGCUUUACUGAAUCUACUCUCUUUUUCUAGAUUUUAACUCCAUUGGCUGUAAUUUUAGUUUCUGCUUGGCUUACGAGAAACAUCCGUGUUAUUUCUGGUUAACAUAGUCAUUUCAUACUCUAAAUCUAUGAUUCUGGAUCAUUUAUUGCCUUCAUGUCUUGUUCUUGUGAGUUCAUUAGGAUGUUAAUUUUGUUUAAUCAAAUUGCAUUGUUCUGCUGCAUCCAUUUUCUUCAGCAUGUUGCAGUGUUGGGGCUUUAUGGAGUGAAAGAUGGAAACCAAAUUGCAUUUUCCAUUCUUUAAUAUUUCUAGAUGAAACUAUAAUUCAGUUUAGUAAAUGUAAUUAACUUAUUUUGCAUGGUGGGGUCUAUUCUUUUAGUUUUAGUAGGAUUCAUAAAAAAUGUGCGCCUGAAGGACAGCUUUCUCCUAAAAUCUUGCAUUCCUUGGAAACCAAAUAAGGGAUAACUGAAUCUUGAGGUUAUACUGUAAAAGAAUCCAUUUUAGAGAAAACUGGAUGAAUUUAUCAGUAUCCUUCAAAAGAAGAAAAAAAAGUGAAACCUUCAACUUUUUGCUCCAUCCAGUUAUUAUAAAUUUAUUUUAUUUCCUAUAAUAGAAUGUUUUUGUUGCUGGGGUAAUUAUUCCUCUGGAAAAAUGUGGAACUCCCUUCCAUCCCUUGAAUGUUCUCACAUACGUAAAACUACGGCAAAGAAUAGGAAAACAAUUUGUAAUACAAUUUCUGAAGAGUUGUAUGUUUUCUAAAAUUUUUAUGUCGUUACUGAUCUUUAUACUGAAGGAGAAUAUAAAAAUUCAUUGUUAAAAGUUGGGGAGAGGGGUGAACUUGGGAUAUCAUUUUUGAAUGUAAGGUGUGGUCCAGUUGCUACCAUUAUUGAAAGUAGCAGGAACUGCUAACAGAAUGAGGUUUAGGUCUGAUUUGGGUCAUUUUGGUUCAUAUAUAAAAAAUGCUGCUGCAUACAGAAGUUUGGCGGAACACCCACUUAAGUGUCCAUUACUGGCCAGAUUAUACAGUACAGAACCAUCUUUCCAGAAUGAAGAUUCAGAUUUGAAGGAUAGUGAUGGGUUUAAGGGGCAUGAUAUGCUGGCUCCAUUCACAGCUGGGUGGCAGACCACUGACUUGCAUCCUCUGGUUAUUGAAAAGUCUGAGGGAAGCUACGUUUAUGAUAUCAAUGGGAAAAAGUAUCUCGAAUCUCUUGCUGGUCUAUGGUGUACAGCAUUAGGAGGAAAUGAGCCUCGACUUGUGGCUGCUGCAACUGCUCAAUUGAAUAAAUUGCCAUUUUACCAUUCAUUUUGGAAUCGUACUACAAAACCAUCAUUGGAUCUUGCAAAGGAACUUCUUGAAACUUUUACUGCAAGCAAAAUGGCAAAAGUCUUCUUUACAAACAGUGGAUCUGAAGCAAAUGAUACUCAGGUGAAGCUCGUUUGGUAUUAUAAUAAUGCACUUGGAAGGCCAAAUAAGAAGAAAUUUAUUGCUCGAGCAAAAUCGUACCAUGGUUCAACUUUGAUAUCAGCAAGUCUUACUGGGCUUCCUGCGCUACAUCAAAAAUUUGACCUACCAGCUCCAUUUGUGUUGCAUACGGACUGCCCUCAUUAUUGGCGCUAUCAUUUACCAGGUGAGACGGAGGAGGAGUUCUCAACCCGAUUAGCAAACAAUUUGGAGAAUCUUAUUGUGAAAGAGGGUCCAGAGACGAUUGCUGCAUUUAUUGCUGAGCCUGUGAUGGGAGCUGGAGGUGUUAUACCUCCUCCUGCUACUUAUUUUGAGAAGAUACAAGCUGUUGUGAAAAAAUACGACAUACUUUUUAUUGCAGAUGAGGUUAUUUGUGGAUUUGGAAGGCUUGGGACAAUGUUUGGAUGUGACAAGUACAAUAUUAAACCAGAUCUUGUUUCAGUAGCAAAGGCCCUUUCUUCAGCAUAUGUGCCCAUCGGAGCAGUCAUGGUGAGCCCUGAAGUUUCAGAAGUCAUAUAUUCUCAAAGCAACAAACUUGGUUCUUUCUCUCAUGGAUUCACCUACUCCGGGCACCCUGUAUCCUGUGCUGUUGCAAUUGAAGCACUCAAGCUCUACAAGGAGAGAAAUAUUGUUGAGAAAGUGCAGAGCAUUUCUCCAAGGUUUCAAGAUGGUGUAAAAUCCUUUUCUGACAGCCCUAUUGUUGGAGAGAUACGAGGUACUGGCUUGAUUCUUGGUACAGAGUUUACGGACAACAAGUCACCUAAUGAUCCGUUUCCUCCUGAAUGGGGGAUUGGUGCAUAUUUUGGAGCACAAUGUGAGAAGCAUGGGAUGCUAGUACGUGUUGCGGGUGAUAACAUAUUGAUGUCUCCACCUUUAGUUAUUACUCCUAAAGAGGUUGAUGAGUUAAUAAGCAUAUAUGGGAAAGCAUUGAAGGCUACAGAGGAGAGGGUGAAGGAGCUCAAGUCCCAGCAGAAAAAACAGUGAACCGUUUUUGUUGAUGAUGGUGAAAAUUAUGUAUGCUUCAUGUGAAACGAAAGCUAUAUUCACAGUUCUUACUCAUGACAUGUUAUUUGUGAGAUCUCCGGUUGUGAGAUCUCAGAUGCUGCCUUAAUAAAAUAAUCUUUUUUUUUUGUUAUACGUUGUGUGGUAUUGUCUUGUUCACUUUGUUUCUUGUUUUUCCACUAUUUUAUAGACACAACACAGGUGCUUGCUCCUAUGUGUGUGUGUGUGUGUGUGUUUCAGG